GAUUCUUGAAAGUCAUCUGCUUAUGCCAUUUGCAGCAUAUAUAAACAUCUCUAUUGAAUUCAUUUGUUUGUUUUAUGCAGAUAGAUAGAUGGAUAGAUGCAUUAAGAAGAAGACGACCAAAUUCAAUUUUUAGGGUUUUGGGGAGCUCUGAAACCCGGCAUUUUUGCUCUUCUGGUUUCUGCAAAUAUGCGCUCAAAGGAUAGAAUCUCCUACUUCUAUGACGGUACACAUCUCAGUCGAUUGUUGCUUUUUAUGUCUUUUGGUGUUUUCGAUUACAGAAAUUGAAAACAAAAUUGGGUUUUGCAGGGGAUGUGGGCAGCGUCUACUUCGGGCCCAACCAUCCUAUGAAGCCACACCGGCUAUGUAUGACCCAUCACCUUGUCCUCUCAUAUGAUCUCCACAAGAAGAUGGAAAUUUAUGUCAGUUAUCUAAUUUUUGUCAUAAUACUGCUAACUCUGCUUCUAUUUGGAUUCUCGAGGUUUGGAUUAAAUUUUGAUGGCCUUGUUGAUUGUUCUUAGCGGCCCCACAAGGCAUAUCCGGUGGAGCUUGCGCAAUUCCAUUCCGCUGACUAUGUUGAGUUUCUCCACCGGAUUACCCCUGACAAGCAGCAUUUGUUCUCCAUUGAAUUGGCAAGAUAUAAUCUCGGAGAAGAUUGCCCUGUAUUCGAUAACUUGUUUGAAUUCUGUCAAAUUUAUGCUGGUGGCACAAUAGGUUGAACAAUAAGCUCUGUGACAUUGCUAUAAACUGGGCUGGUGGACUACACCAUGCGAAAAAGUGUGGGGCAUCUGGAUUUUGUUACAUCAAUGACUUGGUCUUGGGUAUCUUGGAGCUUCUAAAACAUCAUGCCCGAGUAUUAUACAUUGACAUAGAUGUGCAUCAUGGUGAUGGAGUAGAGGAAGCCUUUUAUUUUACUGAUAGUUUGACUUGGACAGGGUAAUGACUGUUAGUUUUCACAAGUUUGGGGAUCUGUUUUUUCCAGGAACAGGUGAUGUUAAGGAAAUAGGAGAAAGGGAAGGCAAGUUUUAUGCCAUCAAUGUUCCACUAAAGAAUGGAAUAGAUGAUACUAGCUUCACCAGACUUUUCAAGACUAUUAUUUCCAAGGUUAUUGAAACUUAUCAACCAGGUGCAAUAGUUCUCCAAUGUGGGGCAGAUUCGCUUGCUGGAGACCGCUUGGGCUGCUUCAAUCUCUCCAUUGAUGGUCAUGCUGAAUGUGUUAGGUUCGUGAAGAAGUUCAAUAUACCCUUACUGGUCACAGGAGGUGGUGGAUACACAAAAGAGAAUGUUGCUCGGUGUUGGACUGUUGAAACUGGAGUUCUUCUGGAUUCAGAUCUUCCCAAUGAGAUCCCAGAAAAUGAGUAUAUUAAGUAUUUUUCACCAGAGUUCUCGUUGAGGAUUCCAAAUGGCCAUAUAGAAAACCUAAAUAGUAAAUCAUAUCUCAGCACAAUUAAAAUGCAAGUCUUGGAAAAUCUUCGUUGCAUCCAACAUGCUCCUAGUGUACAAUUGCAAGAGGUUCCACCUGAUUUUUAUAUUCCAGAUUUUGAUGAAGAUGAGCAGAACCCUGAUGAACGUGUGCAUCAGCAUACCCAAGACAAGCACAUUCAGCGUGAUGACGAAUAUUAUGACGGUGACAAUGAUAACGAUCACAACGUGGAAGAUGCACAGAAUUAACAUUGACAUUGUAUUUUCGGGGGCCAUGGUCAACGAUAUAAGUGUACAAAUAGUAGAGACUACAAUAGAAUGUAAUGCUAGAUCAGGAAGUGGAUUUUCAGAUGUCCCUAUAGAAUGUGUUGGGCGGCCUGGGGCUAGCCGCAUUAUUUUCAAGAUCCUUUAAUUUUUAGGUGUAUUGUUUGUCAUAUAAUCAUAUUUAUACUUCAAAUUUAAUGA